GCGCUUCCCAGCGAACAUGGCGGCGCUGCUGAGAGGUCUGCGGGCUGGAAGGGCACUCCGGGGGCUGGGCGGCGUGGUCGCUGCACCAACAGCAACAAAGCCACAGUGCAGCGGCCUGAGACGAGGCUUCCAGUGUGCAGCAGCGAGGCUUCAGGAUGAAGCCAAAUCUGACAAACCCCCGUCCUCCUCAUCCACAACCUACCAUGAGCACUACCAGGCUCACUCUGCGAAAGAGGACACAGCAGCAGCUUCCCAGGAAGACUCAGCAUCUGACCCAGCGGCGGAGGAGGCUUCCAGGCCCAACACCAGUUACCAGGACCAGGGUGGAGAGCAGGGCGAGGAAUACGAAACAGAGGAGCAGCUUCAAGCUCGAAUCCUGACCGCUGCUCUGGAGUUCGUCCCACAGCACGGCUGGUCAAUGGAGGCUAUUGCGGCCGGUGCUGAGACACUGGGCCUGUCCUCUGCUUCCACUGGCAUGUUCAAUAACGGAGCUGGAGACUUGGUCCUGCACUUCAUUGCUCAGUGCAACUCACAGCUGACAGAAAUCCUGGCCGAACAACACAAGCAGGUCCAGCUGGGCCAGGCCGAACCAAAGAAGACUGCUGAUUUUCUGAGAGACGCUGUAGAGACCAGACUGAGGAUGUAUAUCCCCUACAUUGAGUCAUGGCCACAGGCAAUGAGCAUCCUGCUCCUUCCUCACAACAUCCCAGACAGCCUGAAGCACCUCUCCACUCUGGUGGAUGACAUCUGGUACUACGCUGGAGACCGAUCCACAGACAUGAACUGGUACACUAAACGGGCAGCACUGACGGGCAUCUAUAACACCACAGAGCUGGUGAUGGUUCAGGAUUCCUCUCCAGACUUCCAGGACACCUGGAACUUCCUUGACAACCGCAUUCAGGAUGUCGUCAACAUGGCCACCACUGCCAAACAGGUGCAGUCGACUGGUGAAGCAGUAGUACAGGGGCUGAUGGGAGCUGCUGUAACACUGAAGAACCUCACAGGAAUGAACCAGAGGCGAUGAUGUGAAACAUCUCUCACUCACACUGUUCCUGACCGUCUGGCCUAUGUCAUGAGCUGAAGAUCAAUUUUCAUGUUAUUUCUGAUUAACUGUAUGAGUCUGAAAACAUUGGAUUAUGGCUUUUACUCAGCAGGCCAGAGGUCUCCCUUUGUGUUCACCUGGAGGACCAGUGGCUUUGUCCAGUUUUGUUUCACUGUCUGAGAUUUCACUCUCCUGCUUAGAUCAUAAUUUCCCUUUGUAUGAAAGGACACGAAGAUCUGUGCUUUUGUCGUUGGUCUUCAAUAAAGUAGCUAUUGUUGUA